CUGAGAUUGAAGUGGUACAGGAAUACACAAAGAUUAUGGAGCCACUAGCCCAGUCCCUAGAUAUCCUGCAACGGGAGAACGGCAUGUUCAUGGGGUAUUUGCUACCAACGCUCUGCAAUCUGGACCGCAAGUUAGAAGGACUGGAAAACAAACCUGAGAGGUACACAUACUGUUUUCAGCUACUGAGAGGUGUGCGCGAAGCCCUAAGAAAGCGGUUUGCAGCUAUCUGGGAGGACAAGAGGCUUCUUCUGGCAGCCUGCCUACACCCUCGCUUCAAACUAGAUUGGCUGGAAUCGUGUCAGGCCGCCACCCGUACCAACAAAUACACAAUGGAAGCCUUGCUGAAAGCUGAAAUAAAGAUGGGUGUACUUAAUGAGGACAGUGAUCAGUCUUCAGAUAAAGACCAGGAAGGAGAUGACUUAGAAGAUGACUUCUUUAACUUUCUGCCCCAGGGCAAGAAGUCAGCAGUGGACACUGCUGAGGAGGAACUGGUGAGGUACCUGAGGUCUCCCAGCAGGGAAGUGUCAUCACUCCAUGGCUUUCCAUGUGUGCUGCGGUGUUUUUUUGCAGCACAACACAGGCAUGCCUUCAAGCGCCGCAGUAGAACGCCUGUUCAGUACUGGUGGCAACGUAAUGACUGUAAAAAGACAUUCCUUGUCUGACAUGCUCUUUGAGCAUCUUGUUCUUUUGAGACAUAACAGAAACAUAUUAU